CAGGGAAUGAUUAUUCUUGCUUGAACUUCUUUUUUUUCUUUCCCCAUAAUAAUAAAUUUCAUUAUCCUUCUCAGUCUUUUUCUUCUUCCAUUCCCUCUUCUUUUGCCCUUUCUCCUCUCUGCCUCUUCUUCUUCCUAUUGAUCUCCUCUAGAGGAUUUACUGGUCGAUAAUAAUACUAUCGAUCUGCCCUUUCCUGUUCGCCCUUCCGAAUCGAUUCUCUUCCCUCGGUUCGCCCAACUCUCCACUCCGCAACCGACUUUCUCCCUCUUCCUCUGUCUCCGACUCCGCCAACCUCCCCGACACGGUCGACUCAUAGAUUGAGAUAGUUCAUAUCGCGCGCCUCACGAUUCCCGUGGCGCUCUCCGUCCUCGCCCCCCUCUCUCUUCCCUCUCCCUCUCUUCAAUCGCGGCUCCGGCUGCUCCUAAGUUAGCGACAUGGCGGUCCCCGAGCAGGUUCCCGGGGAGGAAUUCGACUAUGAGGCCCUUCCUUCGAACUAUGGCCUCGGCCGGAAUAUGUUGGCGGGUGCUUUUGCUGGGAUAGCGGAACAUGCGGUCAUGUAUCCGGUGGAUUUGCUCAAGACUCGCAUGCAAGUCUUGCACCCCUCGUCCGGUGGCCUCUACACCGGCCUGACCAAUGCCUUUUCGACCAUCUAUCGCAUUGAAGGCUGGCGGACACUAUGGAAGGGCGUCUCGAGUGUGAUUGUCGGCGCGGGUCCGGCUCAUGCGGUCUAUUUCGGCACGUACGAGGUUGUCAAGGAGUUCGCGGGCGGGAACGUCGACGAUGGCCACCAUCCGUUAGCGGCCGCUUCGAGUGGUGCUGCGGCCACGAUCGCCAGUGAUGCCUUGAUGAACCCGUUUGACGUCAUCAAGCAACGGAUGCAGGUCCACGGCUCCGUCCAUAAAACUCUCGCUCAAUGCGCCCGCACCGUCUACAAGACCGAAGGGCUGCAAGCCUUCUACGUCUCCUACCCCACCACCCUCUGCAUGACCGUUCCCUUCACCGCCACCCAGUUCGUGGCCUACGAAUCCAUCUCCAAAGUCAUGAACCCCUCCAUGGAGUACGACCCCUUCACCCACUGCAUGGCGGGUGGUCUGGCCGGUGCCGUCGCGGCCGGCAUCACUACCCCGCUGGACGUGGUCAAGACGCUUCUCCAGACGCGCGGCAUGGCGCAGAACGAGGAGAUCCGGUCCGCCAAGGGCCUCUUCAACGCCGCAUCUAUCAUCAAGCGGCAGUUCGGGUGGAGUGGUUUCCUCCGGGGCGCGCGCCCCCGGAUCAUCUCGACGAUGCCCAGCACCGCCAUUUGCUGGACAUCCUACGAGAUGGCCAAGGCGUACUUCAAGGGCCUGGACUAAGACGGCUUUGUUGUGCUCCGGGCCCCCGAUCGCAUGAAUCCUGAUUCUAUCCUCUCGACCAUCCCCAAUCUUCCGAAUUCCUCGUUGCGCGUGCGCUCUCCGACUCUCCGCCGACACCGGGAGGCGAAC